AUGGCAGAAUAUUUUAAACUACCAUUUUCUAAUCAACAGAACUAUAUUGAAAUUAAACUUUCACAGUUAGAAGGAUCAGCAAUUACAAGUAAUGCUAGUAAUGUUAAUGACACUGAGAUUAUAUGCUGUGUUGAUAUCAGUGGCUCAAUGGCUGGUAGUCCAAUACAUAAUGUCUGUGAGGUUUUACGUGAUAUUUAUCAACGUACACAAAAAGAUUAUCGUCUAUUUACAUAUAAUACGCAAACUAAUACACAACGUACAUUGAAAACGUUAUCUGAACAACCUGGUGAUCUAGAAGCCAAUGGUGGUACCUCAUUUGCAUGUAUAUUUACUGCUAUCAAAGAUUAUAUUGUACAAAAUUCAUCAUCCAAGAAAGCAAUAACCUUUAUAUUCAUGACUGAUGGACAAGAUAAUGAACCAAAUGGUCCAGCAUUGAAGAAGAGUAUUGACAUGCUAAGAUUGGUAUUAAGUGGAAUGACAAAUUCUCCUCCCAUUACAUUUCAUGUUAUCGGCUUUGGUGAAGUGAAUGAUCAAUUUCUUAACCAAAUACGAACAUUUGGUACACAUCACGGUCUCUUUCGUUAUUCAACACAAUCACAAGAAUUACAAAAUAAUUUUAAUGAUAUGUUUGAAUAUGCAUUAAAUAUACGUGAAUUUACAAUUAAAUUUUCAAAUAAUAAAACUUAUAUUGCACAUAAUAUUGAUAAUGAAAUCAUUGGUUUUCUAACUGAUGAUGGUGAUGAUAUCAGUACAAUUACAGAGUUGACAAUAACUGAUGAUAAAAAAACAACAACAAACUUUCAUUUAAUACAAAUGAAAGAUGUUCGUGCUAUACAUUUACUACAUGCAUUAAAUCUUAUUUCACCACAAAAUGAAGAACAUGUUAAAUCAAUUCAAACCUAUUUGAAUACAAUUUCAAUUACAAACAGUAAAAAUUUAAUGGAACGUUUAGAAGUUGAACAACUUCAUAAAGAAAUUGAUCAACGUAUGAUGGAAUAUCGUCAAUUAUUUACAGAAUUGAAAAUGAAUCAAGUACCAGAACGUGUCAAACUACAAUUGAGUGCACUUCGACAUGAUUCAUUAUUUGCUAAUGCACAACGAAAAAAGAAAUUAGAUUUAAGAAUAAAUAAAAAUGUUGAUUAUUUCAAGAAAACAGAUAUCAGUGGUAUAUUACAAGGAUAUAAAGAUUCAAUAACACCAGACACAUGGCAAAUGAUUAAAGAACAAAAACAGGAUUGGGUUGAUGUUUAUUCCAAUGAUGACAUCUAUGAAAUUAUGAGAAAAUCACCGGAUAAUAUUUUAUGUUUAGGUAUCCGUGUUCAACGUGACGAAGAAGCUAUUACCAAUCCAGCGAAAGGUUUAAAACUUCUGCAUGUUACUAAUACAAUCAUAUCUUAUGAUUCAUUUAUUAAUGCCAUGAAUGUGGCUAAAAAUGAUUUACAACAGGCACAAGGACAGUUCACUGCUCUCAACGAUCUUUAUUGUGUAGCUGGUACUCUAUCCGAUGAACGAAUUAAUGCUGUCAUACCAUUAUAUAUCAAUGAUGAACAUAUGAAACGAAUACGUAUUCUUGAAGGUAUAUGGCUUGGUUAUCUUUAUACCUUAGACAGUUAUGGAUAUGAUAAACAACAGGAAGUCGGUAUAUUAAAAUUAUUGUUUCAAAUUAUUCAACAACGUACAAAUACUAAACGACAAAAACAAAUUUUAAUUGAACUUGAAAAAGUAUGUCAAUUUAUCAUCAAUGAAUCACAAGGCUUUAAAACAGCUGAACAAUAUGGUGAGAAGACAUAUGAAAAAUUAUUGAAUCGACAAGUAAUUAUAAAUCAGCAAGACUAUGAUCUAUGUAUACCAUUGAUAAUUGCCUAUUUGAAAAGAGAUUUAGCAUCUGUUCUUUUACCAGUUUACUAUGAAUAUCUUAGGCAAGAGUAUCAAAAGAAAUAUACAAAAAAAUCCUUAGAAACAAAACAAAUUGUACAAAAUCUUGUCUAUGGUUGUGACACGAAAUAUCUGACAAUGACUGUCAGUACAAGCAAUCAGAGCAACAUUACGACGCUUGUUCCUGAUCACAUUGAAAGAAGUUUUAUCGAUUAUUUUUAUGAUGAAUUACAUACACCAAUUCAAUUAAUAUCAGAAAAUAUUAAAAAUGAAAAUCGAACACUUAUUAUACAACAUAAAAUUGAGAUGGAUUAUAUUAAAAGUUUUCGGUUACCAAUACCUGAUUUUAUGAAAACUAUGUUAAAUUAUUGUAAUAUCGACGAAAAUUACAUUGAAAAAUAUUUAGAUUAUGAUUGUUUAAGAUGGGAAUUGUUGAUAACAUUUUAUUAUCUGAUUUAUUCAGAUAUAAAUAUUAGCAGAUUACAGAAUUUACCGACAAAAGAAAAUAUUUUAUCUGUAAUUGAUGGACAAUUACAAAGGGACAAACAACAUGUCUCAGAUUACGAUUACUCAUCGGAAAAUGUGAGUCUCAUCAGUUAUGUUGCUCUCAACUGUAAAACAAUUAUAUGUUUUGCUGGUCUAAUGCGUAAAUAUUGUUCACAACGUUGUGGUCCAAUAUUUACUCAAAUUUUUAAACAGCUACUUGAAUUAUACGAUAAAGAUGAUAGCAUUACUAUAAACGCAACAAAAAAGGAUAAACUCAUAGCUUUGCUCACAAAUAAAAUUAAGACAGAAACGGGAAUAAAACCAAUUUACCAUGAUAUGGAAUGUUGUCUGCCACCCUUUGAGGGACGAAUCAAUUCAUUACGUUAUUUUAUUGAGAAAAACAAAUCUAACAAAAUUUGUUUGCAAAAUCAUGGAAAAUUAGUUGUUAAUUGGCGUAGUACAUCACUUACGGGAUAUGGAGGGAGACAAAGAAAACACUGUUAUGUUUUAUGUUCUAUGUCAUAA